AUGGUGGACAUCCUCCUCCCGCGGCCGCUCCCGGGCGCCAUGGGGGAGCCCUCCAAGAGGCGGCCGGGGCUGGCCCUGUGCGCGGGCUGCGGGGGCCGCAUCCAGGACCCCUUCCUGCUGCGGGUGUCGCCGGACCUGGAGUGGCACGUCGCCUGCCUCAAGUGCGCCGAGUGCGGGCAGCCCCUGGACGAGACCUGCACAUGCUUCCUGCGCGACGGCAAGGCCUACUGCAAACGGGAUUACAGCAGGCUCUUCGGCAUCAAGUGCGCCCAGUGCCGGGCGGCGUUCAGCAGCAGCGACCUGGUGAUGCGCGCCCGCGACCACGUCUACCACCUGGAGUGCUUCCGCUGCGCCGCCUGCGGCCGCCAGCUCCUGCCCGGCGACCAGUUCUGCCUGCGGGAGCGCGACCUGCUCUGCCGCGCCGACCACGGGCCGCCCCCCGACGGCGCCGCAGCCCGCGGACCGCGCAGCCCCGCGCUGCCGCCGGCCGCCGCCGCGCACCUCGCAGAGCCGGUGCCCGGGCGGCCGCCCGCCCCGCGGCCGCCGGCGCACAAGGCGGCGGAGAAGACCACCCGCGUGCGGACGGUGCUGAACGAGAAGCAGCUGCACACGCUGCGGACCUGCUACGCCGCCAACCCGCGCCCCGACGCCCUGAUGAAGGAGCAGCUAGUGGAAAUGACGGGGCUCAGUCCCCGCGUCAUCCGCGUCUGGUUCCAGAACAAGCGCUGCAAGGACAAGAAAAAGUCCAUUCUCAUGAAGCAGCUCCAGCAGCAGCAGCACAGCGACAAGACGAGCCUGCAGGGCCUCACCGGGACUCCGCUCGUGGCCGGCAGCCCCAUCCGCCACGAGAGCGCCGUGCAGGGCACCGCCGUGGAGGUCCAGACCUACCAGCCGCCCUGGAAGGCGCUCAGCGAGUUCGCCCUGCAGAGCGACCUGGAGCAGCCCGCCGCCUUCCAGCAGCUGGUCUCCUUCUCCGAGUCUGGCUCCUUGGGCACCUCCUCCGGCAGCGACGUGACCUCGCUGUCCUCCCAGCUCCCCGACACCCCCAACAGCAUGGUACCCAGCCCGGCCGAGACGUGA